UCGCAUUUCUACUCUUGUAACCCACUCUUCCAGUCAUGUGACGCUAAUAUAGUACAACUACAGUACUGAGCAACGCGACAGACUAAAGCAGCGCCACACGGCGUGUCUCAAGGGCAAAUAACGCAUUAGGAAAAACAGCACCACGCGCAAGGGACUAAAAGUAACAAGAUCGGAACUAAAUCAUUGGAAUUGUAUAUGGUUUCCUAUUUUGAAGGAACACUCUGGAAACACAAACUCCAAAGCAUAUCUCUACCGUGAGAGAAAACAACAGGUGCCUCACUGUUCACUUUUUGUUCUCAAGUGUCCUUGUAGUGGCAACACUCUUUUUGAAUUGACCCUAGUUGUGUGUGGCCACUAGGAGGAUACAAAGGAGGAAGGAUCUACUUUUCUUAAAAAAAAGAAAGAAAACAGGGGGAUUACAAGUGUAAAGACUUUGGGGUAAGCCCCUGGGAUGGUGGAUCACUUUGUGAGUAGCGGGGAGUACUUCCUGUCUUACGGUGGCCUCCAUUCGCCCUCACCUGUGCCAUUUCACCUGUCGGAUAUGGUGAUAGACUCGGUGAACUACCAGGUGAUGCCCUCGCCCUUCUCCGAGGAUGACCUCAGCGACUCCUCCAGCCUGCGCUCCUGCUCCUCCCCGGACUCGCAGGUCCUCAGCUCUAGCUGCGGGAGUUCCUCAAGCGCAGAGAGCCAGGACAGCAUUCUGGACUUCCUCCUGUCGCAGACCUCCUUAGGAGGCGGAGGGACGGCAGGCGAUGGGACGGCGAGCGUGACGCCCAUGUCCCUCUCCAGCCUCCUGUGGGACUCGCGGCGUGAGCCGGUCAAGGAGGAGAGCUUCGACCUGCCCAUCUGGUCAUCGGCGGACAUGGAGGAGCAGCCAGUGGAGCCCUUCCAGCCCACGCUGGAGGAGAUCGAGGAGUUCCUGGAGGAGAACAUGGACGGGGUGACCAUGAAGGCUGAGCCCAGGGAAGGCACCACCGUGCUGGGCUUGGGGUUUGAACUGGACCUGGGGUUUGGACUGGGGGUGGAGGUGGGCGACGAUGAGGCCUUGCCUGGUUCACUGGAGACUGCCAAGUCUCAGCACUCAGACCAAACUGUGCCAACCACAGAUGCCAUGGUAACCAAUUCCACCAGCGCAGAGACCAAAAGCUCACAGAGCAGCCAGCCUUCAGCGGACGUCGUAAAGCAGGAGAGCCAGAGCAGGCCUGUGUCAGAGUCUGGAAGUGGCGGCAGCGGGAUGCCAGUCAUCCUCCAGAUCCAGCCCAUUCAGAUGAAACAGGAGACCCAGACCCCCAGUGUCCCGCUGACCCCCACUGCCCAGGCAGCUCCUGCCCCGCCCUCCGACAUCAAAAUCGCCCAGCUGCUUGUCAACAUCCAGGGCCAGACCUUCGCUCUAGUGCCUCAUCUCCUGCCGUCUUCCCCCACUUCAUCCACUGGCUCUGCCACGCCGACUCUCAACUCGUCCUCCAAGUUUGUCCGUAUCGCACCCGUCCCCAUCGCAGCCAAGCCCAUGGGGGUGGGAGAGUGCGGCCUGGGGGCCGUCGGGGUGAACGGCGCCCUCCUGGUCGGGAGUGCUCAGAGGUACCAGAAGAAUCCGGUGGCAGACCUCAUCAAAAUGCAUAAGUGCUCCUUCCCUGGAUGUGGAAAGAUGUACACCAAGAGCAGCCACCUGAAGGCCCACCUCAGGAGGCACACGGGCGAGAAGCCGUUCGCCUGCACCUGGCCGGGCUGUGGAUGGAGGUUCUCUCGUUCGGACGAGCUCUCCCGACAUCGGCGGUCGCACUCGGGGGUGAAGCCGUACCAGUGUCCUGUGUGUGAGAAGAAGUUUGCCCGCAGUGACCACCUGUCAAAACACAUCAAAGUGCACCGGUUUCCACGAAGCAGCCGGACAGUCCGCUCCUCGAACUGACCCCUGAUACCCUCUCAAUGGACAGAGGCCAGGGUGAAAAGAGAGCACACAGUGUGUGUGUGUGUGUGUGUGUGUGUGUGUGGGAGGGGGUGUGUGUGCGUGUUUGUGUGUUUGUCAGGCUGUGAUGAACUUGUACCAAGCUGGACAGAAGAAGGGAAAACAAGCCAACACACACACAUACACACACACACACACACACACACACAGACUCUAAGUCAUGGCGAUUAAUGUUGCUUGAUGUCCAUGUUGCUGUUGUUCUACUUUGGAAUAUCUUUUGAAUCAUGCAAUCAUAGCUAGUGAAAUCAUAUUUUUACAAGGAUAAAAUAUGGGGGGGGAGCUUUUUGUAUAAUUCAAGCUUAUGUGUACAAUAGCUUUUUGUAAAAGAUCACGUUCUUCAAAACUGCCUUGGUAUCAUGAAACGGAAUAGCGUCCUGGUCCUCCUCCCCUCCCCUGGUGAGACGUUUGAGUGAUAGGUUUGUUAUUAUUUUUCAAAUAUGGCCCAGAGAGCCAUGGAGACAAGAUGAACACUUAGCUCACUCAGCACAAUGACUUUAGCAAUGGGAGCAGUUCAGGACCGCUAUUGUUACAUAAGCUACUGAUGAAACAUUAACACUAAAGGUGCUUUACUAUGGAAGGUGAACGCUGCCAUUUUCCAAAACAUGUCCACAUGCUCCUUGGUACAUAACAUUUACUGUAAGCAUGAAUGAACACUGCCAGCAGCCAUAUUGUCAUGUUCGUUUUGACGGUGCUCUUUUUGAACUCGUAUACAGCACAUUGGAGGUGUUCUUCAACAUUAUCAGGCAGUUUUUAAAGGCUUCUUCAGAUAACAAGGGGGAAGUGUUCAUAAGCUACAGUGAGCUCCGGAAGUUUCCGUUAUCAGGCACGGCAACAAUCAGCUCAUCUUCGCUCAAGAUAGGGUGGGUUAGAGAGCAGUGCGGAAUGAAUAUUAAUAAUUUCAGACGCAACAAAAAAAGCUCAAUGCGCACAGAUAACGAUUGUACCUAUUUAAAUGUGGAAACUGGACUCUAAAUCAGUAUUGGAUUGAUGAUAUUUCUGUUCUGCUUUGAAAGUGAUAUGGUGUUGUAUUGUACUUGUAAGCAUCUCCUGAAACCUAAGCUACAGUAUAUGUUUUCGUGUGCUCUCUGGCCUUACUGAACCAUUAUGUCCUUACUGAAGGUCUAACCUUGGUCCUGGAGGACCAAGAUCUGUACAGUUUUUUUAAAAUUGAAACUUGGCACUAAACCAUCAGAACUGUACUGGUCUUUUUGGGACCAUUAAGGCUUCUCCCCCAAGUUUGCAGGACCAUGACAGUUUGUAAGAUAGGUCUUAGUCCUUGAGCAUGGGAUGUUUAAGGGGGUAUGGAUGCACAGGUCUCCAUAGAGGAGAAUGGAGGAAGGGUUCUGAGAGUGUACAAUUACAAACAGAAAUAACACCAGGAAUCGACAGCCUCUUGAAAUGUAGGAGUGCUUUGCAUACACAGCCUUGGACUUGAAUGUCUCUCACCUUUUUUGUAUCUUGUUCUUAUUUUGGCUCGAUAUUUUGUCUCCUCUGGUGACAACAAAAUCUGAAUCUGAUUCAACCUGUUACUGGAAUGUCCACAAGCCUUUAGAGAGGGGCUCACGGUGUGGACCUCGCCACACACCUGUGAAAGGAAAGAUAAAACCCACCAGCUCAGCUGAAGCUUGGGCAGAAUCUUUCCCUUAUCUGAUAAAAACAUGUAGUUCUGUUUUGGCCUUAACAGAUUUGGUUGGUGUCCUUGGUGAGAGGCAUGGCUCAAGCAUGUCCAGUGUAUGUUCAGAGACUAAUCAAACCAGGGGUAGAUACACCAGAUUUAAUGUUCAUCAGGCAUUCCUUCCAUUCAUUUAUGGAAUUUAAUAAAUGCUUGUUAGAAUACAGGUGUUUGUUUGAAAUCACAUCCUAUGAAUGUAUGUAUAUAUGUGCGGGAGUGUACAUAGCUACAGAAGUGAGAGAAAGGAAAGAUCUUUCUUUGAAAAAAUGUGCAUCUUCAGUCUGUUGUGUACAAGAUUUGUAGUGUAAACCCCAAAUGUGUACAUAACGUAACGUUUCAAUAAUAUGAAUAUAUUAUAUAUUUUUUUCUUUGUUGUACACAAAAUGCAUUUACAAAUAAAAACUUGAAAAUGA